AUGUCCGGAGCCAGUGCUUUGUUCAUUUUGGAUUCAAAGGGGAAAGUCAUCAUAAGUCGAAACUAUCGUGGUGACGUUCCUGUUAGUUGUUCAGAGAAAUUCUGCCAGUAUGUCGUCGAGCAAGAGGAGCAUCUUGUUAAGCCAGUUUUUGCAGAAGAUGGAAUUAUCUUUUGCUGGAUCCGCCAUCGUGAUGUUUACUUGGUCGGAGUGACAGUCCACAAUUCGAAUGCAAUGAUGAUUCUUUCCUUUUUGAUUCGGUUGGUAGAUGUUCUCAAAAGUUAUUUUAAGACGUUAGAAGAAGAGAGUAUUCGUGAUAACUUCGUCAUCAUGUACGAGUUACUAGACGAAAUGAUGGACGAUGGAUAUCCUCAAAUCACAGAAGGGAAAGUUUUGCGGGAAUAUAUCAAGAACGAAGCUAAUAUGCUACUGAGAGAUUCCACUCCGGCUGCCCCUCCAGCGUGUGUCACCAAUGCGGUCUCAUGGAGGGCUGAAGGGAUCCGCCACAAAAAGAACGAAAUUUUCUUAGAUGUUGUGGAAAGGCUCAACCUACUGGUCUCAAGUACUGGAACUGUUUUGAGAAGCGAGAUAUUGGGAUCAUUAAAAAUGAAGUCUUACUUAUCGGGGAUGCCCGAAUUGAAGCUUGGCUUGAACGACAAGUUGCAGUUUGAAGCAACGGGAAGAGGUGCUUCUAAGGGAAAAUCCGUCGAGCUUGAGGACAUUCGAUUCCAUCAAUGCGUUCGGCUGACGAGAUUUGAAGUGGAUCGAACAAUUUCGUUUAUCCCACCUGAUGGAGAAUUCGAGCUGAUGAGCUAUCGACUAAACACGCAAGUUCGACCUCUGAUCUGGGUUGAAUGUAGUAUUUCUGAACCAGGUCGAGGGCGCUCACGAGUCGAUUAUAUGAUCAAAGCCAAAUCGAACUUCAAGAGUCGUAGUGUUGCAAACGACGUUGAAAUUCACGUUCCAGUUCCUUCUGAUGUUGACACUCCGACUUUUAAGACGUCGAUUGGAAACGUUAAAUAUCUCCCUGAUAAAAAUGUCAUGGUCUGGUAUAUCAAGCAGUUCCAAGGACAGAAGGAGUUUGUCAUGACAGCAAGCUUUGGGUUGCCCACUAUUUGUGAUGAGGACUACAAAAGCGCAUUAAAGCGUCCAAUUAACGUUGUUUUUGAGAUUCCAUAUUUCACGGUCUCAAGCAUCACAGUUCGUUACCUCAAGAUCAUUGAGAAGUCGGGUUAUCAGGCACUUCCAUGGGUUCGCUAUAUAACACGAAACGGCGACUAUCAGUUGCGUAUUAGUUAG